AGCCAGGAGCAGCGCCCAGCGCUCUGCGGCGGCGGUGGAUGAUGGCAGCGGCAGAGGCGGCGGACCCCCAGCUGAUGCUCGGAGUGGGGCUGAUCGAAAAGGACACAAAUGGAGAAGUCCUGUGGGUUUGGUGUUACCCUUCCACAACAGCUGCGUUAAGGAAUCUGCUGCUGAGAAAAUGCUGCCUUACAGAUGAAGACAAGCCUCUCCAUCCCUUCGUCUUUGGUCAGUACAAAAGAACAUGGUUUUACAUCACAACAAUUGAAGUCCCAGAUUCUUCGAUUUUGAAAAAGGUGACUCAUUUUUCUAUUGUUCUGACCGCCAAAGAUUUUAAUCCAGAGAAAUAUGCCGCCUUCACUAGGAUAUUGUGUAGAAUGUACCUGAAACAUGGGAGCCCAGUUAAAAUGAUGGAGAGUUACAUUGCUGUUCUCACGAAGGGAAUAUGCCAGAGUGAAGAAAAUGGCUCUUUCCUUAGCAAGGACUUCGAUGCCAGAAAAGCAUAUCUUGCAGGCUCCAUCAAAGACAUCGUAUCCCAGUUUGGAAUGGAAACUGUUAUUUUACACACAGCACUGAUGCUAAAGAAGAGAAUUGUUGUCUUCCACCCAAGAAUAGAAGCUGUCCAGGAGUUUACCAGGACUCUGCCUGCCCUGGUGUGGCAUCGACAGGAUUGGACCAUACUUCAUUCUUACGUGCACCUCGACAGUGAUGAGCUGGACGCCCUGCAGAUGUGCCCAGGCUACAUCGCUGGAUUUGUAGACUUGGAGGUGAGCAACAGACCCGACCUCUAUGACGUUUUUGUGAAUCUGGCAGAGAGUGAGAUUGUCAUUGCUCCACUUGCAAAAGUUUUCACAUAGAUGGCAUCAUUGUUUUUUAUUAUGUAAACUUCUAAAUAGUCACACACGUAUUCUUCUUCAUCUCGCCAGAGGCCAUGACAAUGGGCAAACUGCACAAAGAGGUUGGUCAGCUAAUUGUUCAGUCUGCAGAAGACCCAGAGAAAUCAGACAGCCAAGUUAUUAAGGUAACUUCUUAGUCUUCCGACUCACCAGGGAUCCUGAAGUGGCAUCGCUGGCUGGGGCAGCAGAGCUGCUCAGCGCCUACAGUUCACGGUAACAAAGUGAAGUGACGCAGGGAGAGGCCAGAGGGCAGGUGCUCAGAUGAGGCUUUGCUGAAUGGCCGUGCGGAUGGUGAGCAGAUCCAGGGGCUGCACGGCUGAGUCAGAGUUGCCAGGCUCUGGGCAGAUACAUCCAGCGAGAAGUGUAACUGCGAAGUGGUCUGGAAUAUUCUCUUGGCCAACCGGUCCAUAGGAAAGUUUACAGGGGGGAGCAGUUAUAGAGAGGAGAGUGCUGCUGAGCAUGGAGAAUGGAUAGAUUGUCCUAGUUCAGCUUUGAUAUAUUAUUUCCAGGACGGUGGUUAAUCAUGUAAUCCUUCCCCUGCCACACUUAGCCGUCUCCUGGCACACUCUGCAGAGCUGGCUGCUCUGGAGUCAAGCUGACCAGAGUGUCUGCGGGGACCAGUUGGUGCCCUCUCCUCUCCCCUUGCCAGAUUAAGGUAGUAAAUUGGGUCUUAUUUCCUAUGCAAACUCCAGUUGACUAGAAGAAGCUGCAUGGAGCGUGGUGGUGGUAAGGAGUCUGGGUUUGUGUUGAGGUUACGCAGGCAAGUACCAUGCAUUGGAUUAGCAGUGCCUGCCAUGGGCCCAAGUGCCAGGAUUUUAUUAUUCCUGCACCAGACUGUGGAGAUUUGGAAAGGUCGAUUCUUACUCAUUUCACCCUCAGAGGGGGCUCAGCUGCAGUUUCUGGGGGUACACACAGGGAACACACAGGGAACCUCCUGUGUAUUGUUGCCAGUUGGGCUCCCUCUGAGGAAGUGGGUUGGAAGUGUGAAGGGUACAGGCACUGAAGACACACAGACCUGGGGGUGAAUUUGAGCUCUGCUACUUAGUGUGGUAUCAUCUUGAACAGGUAACCUUUCUGAAGCGGGAUCCUCUCAUUUGUAAGAAGAGAGGCUGUUGUGAGAAUGAAUUACAAAGUACAGAAAACCUUCAAGUGGCUAGCACAUCGUGUGGGUGCCUAAUAAAUAAGCCCCUUCCACACAAUUCAGUCUUUUUCUCCUUCUACUCCUUUGAUAAGCCAUCUUAUUGCUACUUCAACCAGAGAAAGUAGAUAGGGAAAGAAAGAGUGGAACUUUAGCCCAAUUGUUUUCUUUCCAUUUGUAGCUAUUCAUUUAAAGAGCCCAAGUGGUUUUGGAUUCGGAGAGGAGAGAAGAGUUUUAAAUUUGAGCUUGGAAUAUCAAAGAGACAGCCAGUGGGCAACAGGAACUGAGUAUGGAGCUUUGGAGUCUGGGGGUGGUGGGGUGUGAACUAAGGGUAACAGAUUUGAGAGCUGCUUCUCUUACAGUAAGGCUUUGAGAAGUUGAACAGAAUAUUCGCCUAAGGACCUUAUGGCUUAACUGUGGAUGUGUGGAAGUGCCAGCCUGAGUGCUUUUCUUCCUAGUGUUCAGUCAGACUCUUUGUAGCCUUGACGGGGAAUUGCAGUGAAGUAAAUCUUCAAUUUAGAUGCAUGCCAGAGUCCAGGGUAUUCUCCACGGUAUUGCCUGGACGUGUAGACGCAGGCUGGAAGGCUCUGCCCAUCAGCUUCACUUCGCCCUAGGGUCUCUGCCUUGGAAGGCUGACAAAGGGUAGACACAUGCUCAUUUGGUUCUCUUUUGUUCCCUUCACAGUUUUUGAUACUAACAUUGCAUAUUUUUCUGUUCUGUUAAAGGAUAUUUCCCUAAAAACAAAAGAAAUUUAUGCCAACCUAGCACCAUUUACAUCUCUUUCCAACGAUGGAGAAAAGCCAGCACUCGAUUUUAAAGCACUAAAGCAAAAUCGAUUUCCACCAGCCACAGAAAACUUCCUUUAUCAU